AUGUUGCAUGAUUCUGGGCUACUUCACGACCUGGAAGCCUAUGCCUGCUCAGCAACAGGGCUACCAAUGUGUUUGUAUGGCGACCCUGCUUACCCCCUAAGAGUCUAUCUUCAGGGGCCAUUCCAGAACCCCCACCUUACUCCCUUGAUGGAAGCAAACAACAGUUCGACGAGUUCAGUAAGGGUGUCUGUAGAGUGGUUAUUUGGAGAUAUCAUAAAAUAUUUCAAGUUCGUGGAUUUCAAAAAGAAUCUCAAGAUAGGAAUGCGCAGCAUUAGAAAGAUGUACAUUGUUUGUGCGCUUCUCCAAAAUGCUUUGAGUUGCUUGUAU